GGGGGCCCACGAGGGUGUUGUAGACAUGGCCCGACCAGGCUCGGCCACAGUUGGAAAUCUGGCGAGGUCCAGCAACCGGGGGCAAAGACCAGAACCUACCCCAAAGGGACACAGACACCCCCGGCUCCGGUGUGAAGUGAUCCCUGGCUUCUGGCCUUGCCAGAAAGCUCAGGGAUCCCUCUCCCUACGUGGAGACAGGGCCGCUGGGCCCAGGAAACCAGCACCCAGGGGACACGGCCGCCGUUGCCAAGGCACAAAACGGAAAAAAAAGAAUAAAAUACAUUUAAAAUACGGUAUGACAUCACAGCUUUUUAUUGGCUCUUUUUAUUUUAAGCGAUGACAUCAUGACUAAUCCAUGUCUCACAAAAACGACAUCAUAACGUGUCAUAAUCUGUCGUCACAGCCUUGUUUUGUUGUUAUGAUGAAAUAUGACAUCACUGAUGACAUCAAACACAUCACGCAACAUGUCAUUUGACUCCAUCAUAUUUUUUCAUAUAUAUCACCCCCGACUCUUGAAACUGCAAUCUCACAGACAGCAGUUAAAGCACUAGAUCCGCAAUCAGAGGAGCAUUUGCUGGUCAAGUUUUUAAAGCCUUUAUUUUAGAACAGUUUUUAAGAACUUCCAUGAUGAGUUUCUUUAGAAGAACUGCGGUGAACAUGGACUUUCUUCAGGAGGGCCAACUAGAUUGUUUGCACCAAGAAAAUGACAGUUUACGUCACAGGAUUGAAACUCUUCGUGGCACUUUGGGUAACAGCAAAAAGGUGGAGAAAAUGCACAAAGACGUCGACAAACGGAAGAAAGCGGCCUCUAAACUGAACAAAAGUUUGAAAAAAGAACUUGACAAACUAAGUAGGCAGCUUCGGAUUCAGAUCGAUUUGGAAAACAAAUGUAAACGUUACCAGGACAAGAUAGAAACGCUCAACCGCAUGAAUGAAAUGUAUCAAAGACAAACGACAAGCGUCAUAGAACAACUGUCGGACAAGAAAACCCUGGAAAACAAACUGAAGGGGCUGAAAGCCAAGGAAGCGCUUUUGAGAAACAAUAAACUCCAAAUUGAGAAAGACUUGAGGUGCGCUGACCCUUCACAACACAACGGUUUCAAAAAGAUCAAAGAAAAAGAAGUUUUAGUCCAACAGUUAGAAGAGGAAACAGAAACUCUUGAACAAAAGCUCAGAGAAAUGCAGGUUUCUGUCCAGGAAAAGGAAAACUUGACCAAACAUUUGCAAGCCUUACAGAACAAAGAGUCCUCUCUGCAAAAUGCUGGUUCCAAGCUAACAUCUAAGAUCAACAGGCUGAAGAAAGAAAAGAAAAAGUACGACUUGAUGAUACAGGAACUGGAGGCGGAACAAAGGAUUCUUGAAGAGAAGAGGAGACAAAUUCAGGAGCUGGAGGAAGAUCAUGAGGAGAUAAAAGAGACUACGAAAGCUUAUAAGCUUAAGGUUAGCCAAAUGAAAGAAAGAAAUGUGGCUCUUUCCGAGGAACUCCAUCAAACCCAAACUGCUGUUAAAAGCAAAGAAAAUGCUGAAGCAGAAUUGUUGGCGUUACGGAACGAAAAAAGUCUUCUCAAGAACGACAAACUCAGGCUCCAGCAGGAGAUUCAAAAAUUGAAGAUGGAGAACGGUGUCCAGAUGCACAGCAUGAGUGUUGAGAGGGACGCUUUGGAGCUAAAAAUCCAGAAAGAAAAAGAGGCCAUCCAACAAACACAACAGGAAGUCUGCGCUCUGCAACGGGACCUUCAGGUGAAGCAGGAUGCUCUUCAGCACAAAGAAGAACUGGAGGAAGAACUGUCCGAACUGAAGGCGCAGAGAAAAGAUGCUCAGAACUCAAGUUUCAAGCUGAGGUGUGAAUUACAGAAGCUUCAAAAUACUGGUGGCGACUGCAAAUUACUGAAGCACGAACUUAAGGUGGAAAAGACGAUUCUUUACUUCAAAAGGCAGAAAUUGAAAACUUUCAAAAGAGAAUAUGAAGAUGUUACCACAGAUGUGGAGAAGGAGAAACGAGACAUUGACACACUCAGGACUGAAAACCAAGCUCUGCUGGGAGAAAUCCAAGCUUUAGAAAGAGUUGUGAAAAGGAAGGCCGAGGCAGAAGCAGAGCUGGGUGGUUUGAGGAACGAAAGCUCCCGUCUUAAAAACAGCGUACAAAGACUGAAAGUAGAGAUUCAAAUGAAAAAGGCUGAGCUUCAACGUCAUUCUAACCUCAUUUGGGAAGGAACUGUCAGCUCGUCGGAUCCACAAGCUCUGUUAGGGGCAGUUCGAGAAGAACAGCGUGUUGUCGAGCUUUUAAAAAGGGAAGCCACAUACCUGAAGACUCAACUGCAUGAAUUGGAACUAUCUUCAACAUUCCAAGGAGGUUUGAGAGGAGAACUGAGGGGCCUGUUGGCUCAGAAAAAGUCAGCAGAGGAAAAUAAUUCCAGGCUGAAAAAGAAAAUCCGACAACUCCAAGAGGAACACAAAGAGGUGAUCGAAAUACGAGGAGAAGUUGUGGCACAAAGCAAGGCUCUGGAUGCUUUGAAUGCAGAAGAAAAGGAGUUGGAGGAAGCUUAUAACAGCAUCAAGGCUGAUAUCGUGGCUCUUGGAUACGGCAAAGGUCAACUAGAACUUGAAAAAGAGGUCCUGUCGGGGCAAAUCCAGGAGAAAAAGAAGGUUUUGCAAAAGAAGGGCGAGGUAGAAGCUGAGCUGUGUGCUCUGAAGGAAGUUAGCAGUUCUCUCAAAGACGGCAUAGAACUGAUCAAACAGGAGAUUGAAAGAGAAAAGGCUGAAUUUGAGCGGAUCAGUGAGUCUAAGGAGCUUCCUGACACACUGAUCUCAACUUUGACGAGGAAAGUUUGGGAAGAAAAGUUUGCCGUUGAAAAUUUAGAACAGGAAGCUGACGUUCUCAAGCGCAAGCUCCAAGACCUGAAAGUUUCUGUUCAGCAAAAACAAGGCGUAGAAAAUGAGCUGCGUCAGGUUUCUGCACAGAAACGGUCGGCGCAAGACAAUAUUUCAGAGAUGGAGCGUGAAAUCACCAAUCUUCAGAGCACGCUCCAUCAAUACGAUAAGAUCAAUGCUGAAGUUCUGUCAGAAAGCAAGACUCUACAUGCUUUGCAUCAGCGACAAAGGGAGUUGGAAAAAGAACAGGAGAGCAUCCAGGCUGAGAUCUCAGCUCUUCAAGUCAACAACAGCAAACUGGCUGCUGAAAAUCAGACCCUGUCAGAGAAACUCCAACAACAACAACAACUUGGGAAAAAGAAGACAGAGGCAGAGGAAGAGCUGCGUGCUCUGGGGAGAGUUACCGCUAGUCUCAAAGACAGCAUAGGAACCUUGAAGCAGCAGAUUAAAAGUGAGACGGCUAAGUUUGGAGGCGUCUUCCAAGACGGUGCGCAUGAAGCCAUGCCUGACCCAUCAGACGUCUUCAAGGAUUUCUCCAGGAGAAUUGCCGACCAGAAGAUUGUCGUUGAGAAUUUAAAACUGGAAGCCGACAAUCUCAACAGCAAAUCCCAAGAAAUGCAAGAACUUAACAAGCAAAUACCAUUAUUGGAGAAACAGCUUUUGGACCUUGAUCGACGAAAACAGUUAUUGCAGGAAAAUGUUUCCACGACGGCGCGAAAAAUCUCAAAAUUUCAGGAGAAAAAAAAGAGCUACAUCAGCAUGAAUGAAGAAGUUGUGGCAAAGAACAAUGAACUUAAGAAACUGUACAGAGAACAAAAGAGGGUGGAAAAAGAAUAUGAGGCAGCAAAGACUGAAAUUAAUGCUGUUCGAGCCAGCACUAGCAAACUGAGGGAGGACAAUUACAUUCUAACCAAAAAACGUGAGUCCUCACAAAAACGUGUGCAGAAAAUGACAAAAAAACAGCCAAACCAGGGGGCUUCAAAUGUAAAAGAGCCGGUUUUGAAGAAAAGUGUUUCACCAAGUAAACAUUUGAAAGAAAACCCUCCACCGAAAACCCCCAAAUUGAAAAGUCCUGAUCCUGUCUUAGAAAGCUCAUCUGAUGACGAUUUAACCCUCGAUGACAUUUCAGAGCUUCCUUUUGACACUCCUUCCCUCAGUGACUUCUGA